AUGAAGCUGCAAGGAAGGCUAAACAUCGUUUGCCUGUCCACUGAACAGAAGAGGGUGGCUGUAAUUGGUGCUGGGGCGGCAGGUCUCACCGCCGCUUACUUUGCAGCCAAGGCUGGGGCCCAGGUGACUGUAUAUGAAAAGACAGAUGAGGCCGGCAAGAAGAUCCUCAUCUCAGGCGGCACCAGAUGUAAUGUGCUGCCUGGGAGCGUGGAUGUGGACCUGGAUUUCCAGACCAGCAGCCGGGCUGCCGGGGUGCGCGUCAUCCUAUCUCACUGGAGCCUAUCCUCGUGCAAGGAGUGGCUGGAGCGCGACCUGGGCAUCCGUCUGUCCUUGGACCCGGCCACCAACAAGUACUUCCCCACCACCAACUCCGCCAAGACGGUGCGGGACGCGCUGCUGGGCGCCUGCCUGCGGGCCGGGGUCAGAGUGUCGCCGCGCGGGGACGUGCUGCUGACCCACCGCGGCUACUCGGGGCCGGCGGUGCUGGACCUGUCCCACCAUGCCGUCCGGGCGGGCAUGGUGCGGGUGGGCGAGGAGGCGCUGCCAAAAGGGAAGGCCCCACGCCAGGCGCCCGGCGCCGACCUCUACCUCAGCUGGACGGGUCUGGACCGGCAGGGCUGGGAGGCGGUCCUGCGCGCCACGCCCGGCGGCAAGGGCGCGGGCGCCACGCUCAAGGCACACGGCGUGCCGGCGCGCCUGGCGGCCGCGCUGUGCCAGGAGGCGGGCGUCGCGCCCGAGGAGAGGCUGGCGAGCAUCACCCGUGCCCAGCGCGAGGCCCUGCUGGCGACCCUGGCGGGGUGGAAGCUGCCCGUCAGCGGCGACGAGGGUUUUGCCAAGGCCGAGGUGUGCGGCGGGGGGGUGCCGCUGGAGGAGGUGCACUGGUCGACCCUGGAGAGCGAGGUCGUGCCCUCCCUGUACAUAUCCGGUCACCACCACCUUCACUCUGCACAGAAACCGCCCACUCCGGAGCCCGAUCCCAAGAACGAGGAGUUUGUGAUGUUUGUGCGCAGCAAGAAGCUGAUGAAGUGGGUGCCCCUGUCCAUCAUGAAGGGGGGCACCGCGGCCAACAUGCUGGUGAAGAGCAUGCAGGGGAACCUGGGAAAGAAGAUGUACACCAACACCCUCAUCCGGAACAUAGCGCAGGGCCUAUACAAGGAUCGGUUGGAGGUUGAGCGCCAGCUGCGGAACCAGUACCCAUUUUUCAAGGAGACCAAGGAGUUUGAGUAUGCCUUCAAGAUCAGGGACAAGACCAAGCCCGAGGAGUGGUACCUGCCCGCCGACCUGAUCAUCAUCCCCCCCGAGGAGGACUUGGAGGACACGGUGGUGGACAAGGCCAAGAAUUUCUUCGGCCGGAUAACUGGGAAGAAGGACUGA